UUAGGCUUAACCUCAACAGCCACAAUGCCCCACCGCCUGGUAAUUGUACGACACGGAGAGAGCUCCUGGAACCAGGAGAACCGCUUCUGUGGUUGGUUUGAUGCCGAUUUGAGUGAGAAGGGAAGAGAUGAGGCUAAAAAAGGAGCUCAAGCAAUUAAAGAAGCAAAGAUGGAGUUUGACGUGUGCCACACAUCGGUUUUGAAGAGGGCGGUGCGCACCCUGUGGUAUAUACUGGAAGGCACAGACCAGAUGUGGCUGCCAGUGCACAGAUCCUGGAGGCUCAAUGAACGUCAUUAUGGGGGACUGACUGGACUCAACAAAGCAGAAACAGCCGAAAAGCACGGAGAAGAACAGGUGAAGAUCUGGAGGCGAUCCUUUGACAUCCCUCCACCACCAAUGGGAGAAGACCACCCAUACUACAAACUCAUCAGCAAGGACCGGCGCUAUGCCGCCCUCAGUGCAUCUGAAUUACCAUCAUGUGAGAGUCUGAAGGACACAAUUGCACGUGCCCUCCCCUACUGGAAUGAUGUGGUCGCCCCCCAGAUCCGCGCUGGCAAACGAGUGCUAAUUGCAGCUCACGGGAACAGCUUGAGGGGCAUCGUUAAGCACUUGGAAGGAAUGUCUGAUGCCGCCAUCAUGGAGCUAAAUCUCCCCACCGGAAUCCCCAUUGUGUAUGAGUUGGAUGACAAUUUAAAACCCCUUAAGCCCAUGGCCUUCCUCGGAGACGAGGAGACAGUGAAGAAGGCAAUGGAGGCAGUGGCUGCCCAGGGCAAGGUCAAGAAAUAGACGCCAUGUGAAGCCAAUCGAAACAAUGUGGACUGGUUUUUGUGAAACCCCAAAUUCUGCUACUGAUUAUAAAAUCUUAUUUAUAAAAUCCUAACUGCAUACUCUUAUCACACACGUCGUCUUAACCUCACUGAUGCCAGCCUAGUCAUCACACUCUGUUUUAGUGACCACUCUGUCUAAACUAGAGGUGCAGAAGCUAUAGAUGGCGUCCCCUGCAUACAAGAUAUGCCAUUCAUUAUUCUGUAAUCACUUGGAAACCACAUUUGAUACUCCCAAUGGUACAAUGCCUCUUCAAAAAUGUUUUAUCAUGUCCAGUCUACAGCACAAUGGAGGCUGGACCUGUGGAGAUGUAUGCCCUA